CGACCUAGGGCCGGUGGGGGGAGGGUCGGCUUCGGGAAAGCCCGCAUUCUCCGAAGACCAGAGUUGCCACUCAUCGGACUCCCAGUUGUGAGAGGAUCGAAGAAAUUCGAGUAUCAUCUGUACCAUCAGAGAGCGUCAGAUCCAAGCCGGAGCUGCCUUCAGGAUGAAAUUAAGACUUGCAGGAGGCCGGUUCUCAAGAGGGAGGAUGGGGAGAGCGGCCGGUGCACACCUGCGCGGUAGGCCCUCUCCACGUGCGGCUGGGCGGUGGGCUCAAGGCCCUAGGAAGCCCCGCCCCUGGCCUCAGCAUCUUUCGGUACGGACUGAGAGACAGGACGGUAGGGGGUUAGGCUUUGCCGCUAAGGCCCCGCCUCGCUGCUUCCAAUUGGCCACGGGAGAACGAGUCCCCUCCUAUCGCUUUUUUAUUGGUGCGAGCGUGCGAGACGCUCGUCCCAUUGGGCCGCGAGGAUUUGGGCACCAAAUUCAAAGAUUUUAAAAGUACCAGCUGGCGCCUUUUAAGAGCUACAGCUCUGUGGAGCGGGCAGCCAGCUGCGCCCCCGGUGUCUCGCUAUUCCUUUACCUGAGACAGAGCGCAUGUCCUCUGGCAUGAGCCGGCGCCCCUGCAGCUGUAUCGCUCGGUCACCCUCCUGCUUGUGCAGCUUCAGCCCAGUGACAGCCGCCGGGCGCCCUCGCCCCUCGGACGGUUAUAAAGAAGAAAGUUCCACUCUUUAUGUCAAAAUGAAGUGUGAUAUUAAUUGUAAUCAUAUUCAUCCUGAAAUUAAACUGGUAAAACCUGAUGACAGUGGAAGACAAGAUUUCUACAGUCCUGCUUAUUUGGAAGGUUCUUGUAAAGACUGCAUUAAAGAAUAUGAAAGGUUAUCAUACCUUAGUUCUCCAAUUGUGAGCCCUCGGACUGUAGAAUUUGAAACGAAAAGCAAGCCUUUGCAUAAUAAGGAAAAUAGACAUGUUGAACAAACACUUAAUAGUUCAAAUGAAAUAGAAGAACUAGAGACCAAUAGGCUUUACGAAGACAGUGGCUAUUCCUCAUUUACUCAACAAAGUGGCUUCAGUGAACGUGAAGAGGAUAGCCUCACUCUGGAAGAAAAUUUCAGAAGCAGACCACAGUCCUGCCUGCCACAGACACAAAACCCAGACCAGUAUCCCAACAAAAACUUAAUGCCAGUUCUUCAUUUUGAAAAAGUGGUUUGUUCAACAUUAAAAAAGAAUGCCAAGCGAAAUCCUAAAAUAGAUCGAGAAAUACUGAAAGAAAUUAUAUCCAGUGGAAAUUUUAGACUACAGAAUAUAAUUGGCAGGAAGAUGGGCCUAGAAUUUGUAGAUAUUCUCAGUGAACUCUUUCGAAGGGAGCUGAAACAUCUCUUAGCAAAUAUUUUGGCUCAACUCAGUGAUAUGGACUUAAUCAAUGUGUCUAAAGUGAGCACUACUUGGAAGAAGAUUCUAGAAGAUGAUAAAGGGGCAUUCCAGUUGUACAAAAAAGCAAUGCAAAGAAUUACUGAAAAGAGCAUUAAAUUUUCACCACACGCUUCAACCAGAGAAUAUGUUAUGAUCAGAACGGCAUUAGCUUCUGUUCAAAAAUCAGCAUCCCAGACUCUUCCCAAAAAAGAUGCUCAAGUCAAGUUAUCCAAGAAAGGUGAUCAGAAAAGUUCUACAUAUAGUCGACACAGUGAAUUCUCUGAGGUUGCCAAGACUUUGAAAAAGAAUGAAAGCCUCAAAGCCUGCAUCCGCUGUAAAUCACCUGCAAAAUUUGAUUGCUAUUUACAGCGAGCAACCUGUGAACGAGAAAGUUGUAGGUUUGAUUAUUGUACAAAGUGUCUAUGUGAUUACCAUAGCACUGAAGACUGCUCAAAUGGCAAGCUGCUAAAAACCAGUUACAGAAUGGGUCCUCUUCCUGGUACUAAAAAAAGUAAAGAGAGUCUACGAAGAUUGUGACGUCUAACUAAAUCAAUUUAAAUUAUCAUGAAGGUUAAU